UCCCCCCUUUCACCCUUAAGUUUACAUCUUUUUCUUCUUUUUCUCUCUCUCUUUUUUUUUUCUCCUUCUUUGUUUCGCUUUCUAUUUUAUUGUUAUUUAAUUCUGUAUAUAAAUUAUUUCUCCUUAAUUCUAAUUUUCUCACUUCUUUUCAACUCUUAUGUAUAAUCAAUUCUCCUCACCCAAUAUGAUGUUAUCACCUAUUGUUAGUAAAAGAAAAAGCUUUUCAGUUUUAGAAAAUGAGGAGCAUGAUAUUGCAUUGGAAACAAGCCAACUUAUGAUUUGCUCACCAAACAAAAGACCUCGUCAUGAACCAUCUUGGACAUUUGAUAAUUUAUGUACACAUCCCUGUAGUCCACUUGCCACAAUUGAUCUAGAGUCUAUUUUCAACUUGUCUACAUUUCAAUUGCUUUCUCAAGACAAGAGAGAAGAACUGUAUUCCUUGUUACCAGAAGAUCAAACUCCAUUACUCAAUCAUUACCCAUUUGACCAUGAAGAUGGUUAUUACCCUACUUGCUCUGAUUCAUUCAUAUACCCACAACCUUCUUUCUUUUCAAAAACAGAGAAUCCGAUGUUGUGGAACACACUGACAGAAUGGCAAACAAUGCUUGGACAGGGCGAAUUUCUAGACCAUCCGGAUUCACCCCCAUUGCCACUUUCUCCUAUCCAUCAUUUAAGUAGCAGUAGUAAAUCAAGCUAUAAAACCAAAACACCUAAAUCUAGCAAAUCCUCUGCUUGUUCUUUGUCUUCUCACAAAAAGGAUGAGCCCUUUGAGUCUUAUUGGGGAGACUUGAUUGAUAAAGAAAGAGCCCAUAAUGUUGCAGGUGACUCUAAAAGCAUUACAUUAAAAGACAUGUGCCGUAAAGGCUUGAUUCGCGAACAAGAUGUCAUUGUAUAUAAGCGCAACUUUAGCGCAUGUAAAGUAGUUGUAUCUAAAUCCAUGACAGUUGUCAAGGCGUGUGGUCUAUCUGGCAUCUCCAUACAAUUAGACGAAGAAAUCUUUGAAGAUUUUGAAACCCCGACUGCCCUAGAAACCAAAAUUCUGGAUCACCAUGGUAAGGUGACCAAGGAUAAGCGUCCAAAUGGAAACGCUUUUAAAAGUAUCCGCCUGAUUCGUGCAGGAAAGGAUCUAGGCAGGCUAUUUGAUAUCAGAAAAGAUGGCUUUGGAGAUCAUCUGGGCUGUUAAAAAACAAACAAACAUACAAUCUAUACAGAAAAAGAAAUUUGUAUCAUAAUAAUAAAAACCCAGUGGCUUUAAGCCAUGUGACGCGCUUUCAUAAAGUGUCUUGUUUCUUUUUUGGAUAGGU